AUGCGCAAGGUGUUCACAUCAAGCCAUCUUUGUCUAAGUGAUAGCACUUUUAAGAUAAGUGAUGCUACUGCUUUUCUGAAAUAUUGGUCUUCUAUUUUAGUGCGUAAAUUCACAGAGAAACAUGAAUGGAUAACAACAGAAAAUGGUAUUGGAACAGUGGGAAUCAGCAAUUUUGCACAGGAAGCAUUGGGAGAUGUUGUUUACUGUAGUCUGCCUGAAAUUGGGACAAAAUUAAACAAGCAAGAUGAGUUUGGUGCUUUGGAAAGUGUGAAAGCUGCUAGUGAACUCUAUUCUCCUCUGUCAGGAGAAGUAACUGAAAUUAAUACAGCGCUUGUAGAAAAUCCAGGACUUGUCAACAAAUCUUGUUAUGAAGACGGUUGGCUGAUCAAGAUGACACUGAGUAACCCUUCAGAACUAGAUGAACUAAUGAGUGAAGAAGCAUAUGAGAAAUACAUAAAAUCUAUUGAGGAGUGAAAAUGAACCCACCUAAAUAAAGUAGUCUGAAACAAUUUAUCUAGCAUAGUUGUCUUAAAUUAGUGGUGGAUAGAAGAUUUAAUAAUUCCAAUGAAAAAAGAAACUACAACAAUGCUACUGGAUGAAAAUACCCCUUCACCAUCUAAUGAUGGCAGAUAAAUACAAUGUGCAUCUUUUCCACAACUCCCUAUGGUUUUUAGGCUAGGCUACAGUUAUAAUAUUCAGAAUUCCUGAAAUUAUCUAUGGUAAAAUCUAGUAAUAAAAAUUAUAUAUUACAAGGA